AUGUCACAAUACAUGCAAGCUAGUGAAGACGUUAUGCAGAGGUUAAGACCCUUUGGUAUAUUUUUUGAGAAAUCGUUGAAAGGUUUGAUCAGAGGAAUUAGAGCAAAUAAUGACACUCCAGAUAAAUUAGAUGAGUUCUUGGAGUUAGUAUUGAAAGAAUGUCGAGAAGAAGUUGCUUCUUUGGAUAUGAAUACAAAGACUAAUGCAGUAUUGAAAAUGACAUAUUUAGAGAUGUAUGGAUACGAUAUGUCAUGGGCGAAUUUCCAUAUUUUAGAGGUAAUGAGUAGCAACAAAAUCCAACAGAAACGUGUCGGUUAUCUUGCUGCUUCUCAAUCAUUCUAUAAGGACACUGAUAUAUUAAUGCUAGCAACAAAUCUGAUGCGGAAGGAUUUGCAAUACAUGGGCUCCAACGAUGUGGUUAAAGUCGGGAUUGCAUUGAGUGGGCUAUCCACUGUAAUAACUCCUUCGUUGGCUGAGAACGUUUGCAACGACUUGAUACUGAUGUUAAAUAGUUCAAAACCUUACAUCAGGAAGAAAUCAUUAAGUGCAUUAUACAAAGUAUUUUUGGAGUAUCCAGAGGCUCUAAGAGACAAUUUUGACAAAUUCACUGCAACUUUGGACAAUGAUGAUAUCUCAGUAGUGUCUGCAUCUGUAAGUGUCAUUUGCGAAUUGGCAAAAAAAAACCCGGCACCUUUUAUAUCGUUGUCACCAUUAUUGUAUGAAAUAUUGAUAAAUAUCGAGAAUAAUUGGAUAAUUAUUAGAUUAUUAAAACUAUUCACAAAUUUAUCGCAGUAUGAAGAAAAACUGAGACCAAAAUUGCUUCCUAAAGUAUUAGAAUUGAUGGGUAUUACCACAGCAACCUCGGUAAUGUAUGAAUCCAUUAAUUGUAUUGUUAAAGGUGAUAUGUUAGAAGUUGAUGAUUACGAUACUGCUUUGGAAUGUUUAGAAAAAUUAGAGCAAUUCUGUAAUUCUCAAGAUCCAAAUUUAAGAUACAUAAGUUGUGGACUAUUCUAUAAGAUCGGUAAAAUUAAUGCUGAUUUCAUCUCCCAAUUUUCGAAACUUAUAAUUAAGCUAAUUUCAGAUGUGGAUGUAUCGAUUAGAUCAAAAGCUUUGGAGUUAUUGGAAGGAAUCAUUAAUGAAGAUAAUAUCAAAAAAAUUGUAAAAGAACUAUUGCAGCAACUCUUACGUCCUACUGAGAUGCAAGUAGACAACAUGAUCACACUUUCAAAAACGGUAUCGAUUAUUGUUCCGGAAUCUUACAAAAUCAAAGUAAUCAAUGUAAUUAUAGAAUUAUGUUCCAUGAAUAAUUUCGAAAAUAUUCCUGAUUUUGAGUGGUACAGCGCUGUACUAUUGGAUUUGGCGAUUUUGUCUCAAGACUUAUCUGAUAAAUCAUUAGGUAAGAAUAUCGGUGUUCAAUUGAAAGAAAUGAUGUUACGUGUUCCUGAGAUGAGAUCGAAUAUAAUUUCGACAGUAAUUAGCAUUGUUUCUGAUGAAAAUAUGGAUUCUCAAUUACCAACAAUUUUAAAUGAUUCAUUCUGGAUUUUAGGUGAGUACUCAUCUUUGAUACAAAACGGAAAUGAUUUAAUAGGCUUAUUACUUUCAAGAGCAGAUAAAUAUCCUUUUAAGACUGUUCCUAUAUUGAUUAUAGCUGUGGUUAAAAUUUUUAGUAAUUGGUGUAAUAACAAUUCAUCAGAUUUGGACAGUGUUAAGCAAUUACUAGAAGAAAUCAUUUUAUUUCUGGAAAAAUUUUCUAAUUCCUCAUAUUUCGAAACUCAAGAAAGAGCAAUCGAAAUUUUAGAGUUUUUAAGACUAUGUCAUGAUAGUUUUGAUGAUGAAUCAACUGAAGUUCCAGUUUUACUAUCAGAAGUCCUACCAAGCUUAUUUUUUUCAUACGAAUUGACACCAAUACGACCAGGUACACAGAAGAAGUUUCAAUCCACCAUCUCUGUUGAUCUAGAAACGCCUUUCCUUACCGAGAAAGAGUUACAGGAUUUAUUAAAUGAAGAGGAAAACAAUUAUGAAUACGACGGCCAGUUGGAAAUAUCGGAUGAUUCGGAUGAUUCGGAUGUAUCAAUAGCGUAUAAUACUAUUUACAAAGAUGAUAUUAGUAUAGCUGAAGAAUAUGAAAGCAAUAAUAAUAAAAACAAUGCUAGUCACCAGUUUGACGACAGCAGAUCAUCAAAUCCAUUUUAUCUAGGUGAAGAGGAGGUGACUUCGAAAACAAAGAAGGAUAACCACCUCUUAGAUGUAGAUAAUUCUGAUGAUAAUCAAAUAACUUCUAGAUAUGAUAUUAAAACAAUCAAUCUUUUAGACGAUAAAAUUGAUGAUGGCAAGAAGAAAUCAAAGAAGAAAAAGCAUAAGAUCCAGAUUCUUGCCGAUGCUGAUCUCUUUAAGGAUUCGGAGUUAACUGAAUCAACCAAAUCAGCUGAUUUUAGCAACAACUCUAGGUCUAAGAUCAAAUCUAAACUUGCAAGUUUCGACUUUUCAAAGGACCCACAAGCCAAUCAAGACGAUGAUUCUGUAUUGGAAGAAUUAAGAGGAAAGUUUGCCUCUCAGAAUAUAUCUACAGAGAUUAAGACGAUACAAACUCAAGGGGGAGAUGAUGAUGGUGAAGAAGUUAUCAUAAUCAAGAAACAUAAAAAGAAGUCAAAGAAGAGAAAUAAAAAGACCAAACCAAUCAUUGAAGACAUAGGAUCCGAUAUGUAA